AAGCAUAGUGCAGUAGAAACACGGGAUUUGAGAGUGAACAGAUAUUUUCAUAUUUUUAUAUUUUAUAUUUGUUUGGUAGUAAAGCGGAGUUAUUGAGAUUUUUUGAGAUGGGGAUAACGUUAGAAUUAAGGAAAAAUACAUGUACAAAAUAACAUUAAAAAAAUAGAAAUUUAAGUGGGAGAUCAAUGAUAACUGUUCAUUGUUAGCAUGGCCACUCAUUUUUGUGCUCUGUAGCAGUAUAUUAUUGGUAUCUCAAACUGUCGGCUAUAGUAUCUGUGUAUUUCAAGAGAGCUGAGUUCACCUGCUGUUUUCUUCUCAUCAUUCUUCAAUCACCUUGCUCUGUGGUCACGAAACAGUGCACUAGCAAAACACAACAUGGAAAGAGGGGACAAUACAAGAAGAGCUAGCCAUGAGAUUGAGAGAGAAGACUAUGUUUCAACUGGUGAUAUAUAUAUUGAUGAUGAUCCUGACAUCCCGCUGUUUAAUUCCAUUAGAGAAAUGAUAGAUGACCUGCCUCCGAUAUCAAAUGAUUGUUGUAUCUUCAGAGUUCCCAAGAGAAUUCGCGAAACAAAUGAAAAGGCUUACACACCUCAGGUGGUUUCCAUCGGCCCCCUUCAUCAUGGCGAAGAACACUUGCAAGAAAUGGAACGACAUAAACCGAGAUACUUGCAGUCGUUCCUUAAUCAUACUGAUCGUGUGAAUUUGGAGAGUUGUAUCCGAGUGGUGAAGGAGUGGGAAGAGAGAUCCCGGAGUUAUUAUGAAGAAAGCAGUGAGCUGGACAGUGAUGAAUUUGUGAAAAUGAUUCUUCUGGAUAGUAGUUUCAUCAUUGAGGUCAUGUGGAGGUUCUUAUUCAAUCACACUCCGGGAGAAUCAAUGGAUUACUUGGAUAGGCAAAUUCGGAUAAAUGAUCUAUGCAACGACGUGAUCUUAAUUGAAAAUCAACUUCCCUUUUUUGUUCUCGAAGGCCUCUUCAACCUAGCCUUCCCAGCCAUCAGCGUUAGUACUCAACCAGAGUAUUCCUUCCUCAUGCUCUCCAUCAUAUACUUUGCUUUUUUCGGUAUUGUGAGAGACAUCAAACAAUCAUUUUCAAGUCGUGAAGUGAAGCAUUUUGUUGAUUUGCUAAGGUUAUGUCAUUUACCGUCAUCUCUAAGGUCCGCACCUUCAAAUAGUGUCAACUAUGUGCCGAUACGUAAUGCAAGAACGCUCCGGGAUGCAGGAAUAAAGUUUAAGAAGGGGCCAAGCAAUUGCUUGCUUGAUAUAAGGCAUGUCAUGACACGAUUGGAAAUCCCACAGUUGAUCUUAUCUAAUUGGACAGAACCUUUACUUAGAAACCUCACAGUACUGGAGCAAUUUUACUAUCCAUAUGAUAGUUACUUUAUUGAUUAUAUUCAUUUCAUGGACAGCCUAAUUGACACUGCUAAAGAUGCGGAUAUACUCAUCCAAAGUGGGAUUUUUGAGAACUACAUAGGCGAUAGCACUACAGUGGCAGCUCUUUUUAAUAAUUUUCCCAACGAAGUGUCUCUGUGGGGUCCCAACUAUUACUUUUGUGGUAUAAGUGAAAAACUGAAUCAAUAUUGCAGCGAUCGGAGCAACAAGUGGAAGAUGACAUUUAAACGCGAUUAUUUCAGCACUCCAUGGAGAUCGGCUUCUACUAGCGCUGCAGUUAUCCUGAUUGGACUUACUAUUAUACAAACUAUAUGUUCCAUACUCUCCUCCAUGCAGUAGCUCAAAAAUACUUGUGUAAUUCCCUUAUGUAAUUGUACUAAUUUUUAUUUUCCUCACCAGUUCUAACAAAUUGUGUAGCUUUCAAAUUUUA